UCAGUUACAACUUCACUAGCGCUUUCCUUUCACAGAAUAUUCCAGUGACCGUCCAUUCAACUAGAACCCUUUUCUCAAUCAAAAUCAAAGAAAAUGUCAAACCCAACUCCUGUGGCCAAGCCUGGAAACGCAGACAACCCUCGGGUAUUCUUUGACGUAGAUAUCGGUGGUGAAAGAGCUGGCCGUAUAGUGUUUGAGCUCUUUGCUGAUGUGGUCCCGAAAACAGCAGAGAAUUUCCGUGCUCUUUGUACCGGCGAUAAAGGGAUCGGUAAAAGCACCGGAAAACCGCUGCACUUCAAGGGCUGUCCAUUCCACCGCAUCAUCAAGAAAUUUAUGAUCCAGGGUGGAGAUUUUUCUAAUCAGAAUGGAACCGGAGGAGAGAGCAUCUAUGGGGACAAGUUUGAGGAUGAAAACUUUUACUACAAGCAUGACAGAGAGGGGCUUCUCAGCAUGGCGAAUGCUGGCCCUAACACGAACGGCUCACAGUUCUUUAUAACCACGGUUCCCACACCGCACCUGGACGACAAACAUGUUGUCUUUGGCCUGGUGCUGAAGGGAAUGGGGGUGGUGAAAAUGCUGGAGGGGAUGGAAACAAAGGAUGACAAUCCCGUAAAGCCCUGCAUCAUUGCUGAAUGUGGAGAACAUAAAGCAGGUGAUGACUGGGGCAUCGCACCUAAUGACGGCUCAGGAGACACAUACCCAGACUUCCCUGAGGACUCUGACAUGGACUUUAAAGAUACAAACAAAGUCUUGUCUGUGGCAGAGGAUGUGAAAAACAUCGGGAAUAACUUGUUCAAGGCUCAGAACUGGCAGUCGGCCAUCGAAAAAUAUUCAAAAGCUCUCAGGUAUCUAGAGACUUGCGGCAGCACCUUAGAUGAUAGUGCCCAAAAAAAGCUGGAGCCCACGGCCCUGAGCUGCAUUCUCAACACGGCCGCCUGCAAACUCAAACUGAAACUCUGGCAGGAAGCUAUCGAGUGCUGUGAUGAGGCCCUGGAGCUUAACCAGUCAAACACUAAAGCGUUGUUCAGGAAAGCUCAGGCCUGGCAGGGACUUAAAGAAUUCAACAAGGCCAUGAUUGAUCUUAAGAAAGCACAGGAGAUUGCACCAGAUGACAAAGCGAUUGGAAAUGAAAUGCUGAAAGUGAAGCAGCAAGUGAAGGAAGAGAAAGAGAAGGAAAAGAAGAUUUAUGCCAAAAUGUUUGCAUAACGGAAACUGCAGUGACCUCACUCCACACCGACCUACCUGCAUAUGUUCACUUACAUAGCACUUGUGUCUUAGAGUUUUAGUCUCACGCUGGGAAAAAAAAGGCCUUGGAGUCUUUCAGUUAGGAUAAAUAUGAAAUGUCCAAUUUGGAAAGAGAUUUCAUUUUGUCUGCUGUGUUAUAUUAAACGAUUUGUCUGUGAGUGAAUGAAAAAAGUUUGUGCAUUUUUAGUAAGCUGAUCUAAAGACGUCUUGCAUUGAUUACUGUUCAAGAAAGAAUAGGCAAAUAACAUUGUUUGUUUCUGGGUUCAUUUUUCAAAUGGUGGCUAAAAAACCUUUUUUUUUUUUC